AUGGGCAAGAAAGGCGGCAAUAAAGGAGGAGGUGAAGGCGUGGCAGUCAAUAAAACCUCCAAGUUUUCUGUAUUCGAUGUUCCCGGUGUCACCCAACCGGAUUUGAGCAAGGAAUCUUCUGCAUCCCAAAAGCAGACCAAGGAUGGAGCCCAGGGUCGGCGGGCCAAAGCGUCGUCGGGUCCUCGCAUGGAUGCUGAAGGAGGAAAGCAUAUUGGAGGUGAUUCCUUUCUGAAACGUACGCCCAACCCUGAGUGGCUCGGGGACCGUGUGUCCGUCUACGACAAAAUCAAGGAGCGCAGACAAGGAGAACUCGCCAACAAAAAGGCAGUGGAUAUCUCGGUCACCAUGCCAGAUGGAAAGGUCUUGACACAAGAUAAGAGUGGACAAAACUUUCAGGCCUGGAAAACCACACCAUAUGAUGUAGGCGUGGCGAUCAGUCAGGGUUUGGCCGAUGCCGUAUCUGUGGCCCGUGUCACUUAUGCUUCUUUUGUUGACGAUUACAACGCUUCUGAAGAUGGCAUGGAAGGAGAGGACACUCUCAUGGACGCCAUGGCAGAUGCAGGAGUGGAGCAAGAUAGUGCUUCCGAAAAGACAAUGCUAUGGGAUUUGCAACGUCCCCUAGUAGGACCUGUCUCCAAGUUGGAGCUGCUCAAGUUUGAAGACGAUAAAGACGCCAAGACUGUGUUCUGGCACUCAUCGGCGCAUAUGUUGGGAGAGGCAUUGGAGCAUUCCUUUGGAUCCAAACUCACUAUCGGGCCUCCUCUGGCCGGUGGAUUCUACUAUGACUCCUACAUGGGAUCAGAUGCUUUGCGCGAUGAUGAUUACAAGACGAUAGAGACCGAAGUCAACAAAAUUAUCAAGAAAAAACAAAAGUUCGAGCGGAUGGUUAUUACCAAGGAAGAGGGAUUGGAGCUUUUUGCGGACAAUCCAUUCAAGGUCGAAAUUCUAUCGACCAAGGUAGCUGAUGGAUCACGUACCACUGUGUACCGUUGUGGAGACUUGAUUGAUUUGUGUCGCGGUCCACAUCUCGUUCAUACGGGCAAAGUCAAGGCAUUUGCCGCUACCCGUCAUUCGGCCACAAACUGGCUCGGAGAUACCGACAACGACAGUUUACAGCGCAUGUACGGAAUUAGUUUCCCUGACAAGAAAAUGCUCAAAGUCUGGAAAGAAAACCAAGAAAAGGCUAAAGAACGAGACCAUCGCAGAAUCAUGGCGAAGCAGGAGUUGGUCAUGUUCCACGACUUGUCGGCUGGUUCUGCCUUCUGGCUUCCACACGGAACCCGAAUCUACAACAGGCUGAUCCAGUUCAUCAAGGAUUUCUACUGGGACCGCGGCUACGACGAGAUCAUCACUCCCAACGUGUUCAAUCUCGAUUUGUGGCACAAGUCAGGCCACGCCAUGCACUAUAAAGAUGCCAUGUUUUGCUUUGAUGUCGAGGGGCAGGAAUGGGCCAUGAAGCCGAUGAAUUGUCCUGGACACUGUCUGGUCUUUGGAAGUGCCAUUCGAUCGUAUCGUGACUUGCCGCUUCGUCUUGCUGACUUUGGAGUGCUUCAUCGCAACGAACUGUCGGGUGCUCUCACAGGGUUGACACGUGUUCGGCGCUUCCAGCAAGACGAUGCUCACAUUUAUUGUCGCGAGGACCAAAUCGGAGUUGAAGUACUUGCUGCGCUAAACUUCAUGAAAGACGUGUAUGAUAUCUUCGGCAUGACCUACAAACUCGAGCUGUCCACACGACCGAAGAAAGCCCUUGGUGACCUGGAGCUAUGGGAACGUGCUGAGGCGGCGCUUGCAUCAGCUAUGGAUGAGUUCUCUGGAAAGGGUAGCUGGCGCGUCAACCCGGGCGAUGGUGCCUUUUACGGUCCCAAGAUCGAUAUCAAAGUAAUGGAUGCGAUGGAUCGAAUUCACCAGUGUGCCACCGUUCAAUUGGACUUCCAGCUUCCCAUCCGUUUCGAUCUCCAAUACACCACUCAAAGCAAAGAGGAAGGAAAACAAUUUGCCAGGCCGGUGAUGAUCCACCGUGCAAUGCUGGGUAGUGUGGAACGGAUGUUUGCUGUCUUGUGCGAACAUUAUGGAGGAAAGUGGCCAUUGUGGUUGAGUCCGCGGCAAGUGAUGUUGAUUCCUGUCCACGCGGAUUUCCAGAGCUACUGUGUUGAAGUACGAGACAAGCUCCAUGCGAAAGGAUUCUACGUCGACGUCGAUCUCUCGAAAAACACAUUCCAGAAGAAGGUCCGAAAUGCACAAGUGGCGCAAUACAACUUCCAGUUUGUCAUUGGAAAGAAUGAGAUCGAAAACGGAACCGUCAACAUUAGGACAAGAGAAAAUGUGGUUGAAGGUGAGAUGAAAGUUGACGAAAUGAUUGAGCACUUGGAAAAAUUGAGGAAGGAAUUCAAGUAGCCAGGACACUGGUGUAACAGUAACAGAAUAAUUAGUUGCAUAGGCACCUUCGGUAGAAAGUAGCUGGCCCGUACGCACCACUAUUGCCUUUGAGUCCAGAAGGAAGAU